CUGACGACACGUCUGCUGCACUACAUCCUCGGCUCUCUUGAGUGAAGAAAAAAGCUUGGUGCGCGUUUUCGAACGCGGUGGAUACAGUAUUAUCGCGUUGUUAGAUAUAACGAUUCCUGUUACCUACAAACAAGCCACCAUGUCAGCUGUCAGGACCGUGACCCUGGUCCUCUUCUUUGGCGGAGUAGCUCUCGCCACGGCAACUUCAAACUCCAAGAACUCGACUCUGGCGUGCUUCUUCGAGGAAAACGUGAUCGAAUGUGCCUCUCAAAGGAUAGACGCGCAACUCGACGAGAUGCAGAGCAAAGACCCUGCCAAACCUGGCCAGCCAAGGGAAACACCGAUCAGUCAGGUCAUCGCAGACACGAGGAACGUUCUCAUUCAAGGUAUGGAGGCCGUUGAUGAGGCCCUAACUUCCGACGCAGACACGGAAGAGACGACGGUCAAGGAUCAGGAUGCUGAGGACUCUCAAGAUAUCGGUGAAGCGAGGAAGAAGAAGUUUGGCAAAAAGAAGAAGAAGGCACUGCAGAAGAUAUUGAUGGUCGCGAUGGUGCUGAAAGCGAAGCUGAGUCUCCUCCUUCAACUAUUCUCCGCCCAUCUGCAGGUGAAAUUCUUUGUCAUUUCUCUGCUCAGCUUGUUGUUGAACCUCGCACGCUUCUGGCUCGACCUCAAGCAUAAAGGAGAACCUCAGAAGGUGAUUUACUACGAACAUGCCCAACACCAACAUCAUUACGAACAUGAGGACGACCAUUCCGGAUACUGGGGAAGGUCCGCCGACGAUGCUCACGAGCUCGCUUAUGGUGCUCAUCACGAGGAAGAAGUGCCAGAGCAUUAGGAAAAAACAUACGCGAUUAAGGGUUGUAAUUAAGUCGGUAUUGGUAGUAUCAGUUACACCGAAAAUGCUUGACCCUAGCCACGUGACUCACAAGUAGGGCGUUUACAAUUCAGUUUC